AUGUCUCUUUUUGCUUAAAUGGAAAAGAAUGCCUAAUUUCAAGCUGAGCUCUAGAGAUAUGAAGAGCAGGCUGACUUUCUGUUUCGAAAAUAGAGGAUGGAAAGAAUUGAAUCAUUUACAGAUCAAUUUGAAUUUUUGGCGAAUGAAUAUCCCUGUGCUGUUUAUUACUAGGGAUUGAUAUAUAAUUCAGUAUAUGCAGCAUAUUAAUCUGCCAGAACCCAGGACGAGGAAAUGAGGUAGAAAUUUGUGAAUGCAUAAUCAGUUCAGGAAGUCUAUUAGAUAGCCUAACAUAUAGAUGAUCCCCCUCAUUGGACAAAAUAAAGACUGCGAAUAAUGGAGGUGUUGUUGAGAGACAAGUUCAGGAGGAAUGCCGACAUAAGAGAUUCAUUGAGAGCCACAAAUAACUAUUAAUUGAUUCACACAUUUACACAUUCCACUCCAAGCAAUCAGUAUUGGGGAGUAGUGGAUGGGAAGGGUUAGAACUAAAUUGGAAGAUUACUCGAACAAAUCAGAACUGACAUUAAUAAUUAUGAGGAUCAAGACAAGUGGUUAUUGAUGACAUUUCCAAUUGAGUAAGAGUCAAAGAUGAUUCCAAAGGUGGAGUUGAAGGUUUUGAAAGAGGGAGAGAAUUUGCCUAAGAUUGAGAUGAAACAUUCAGCUUUCUUAUAUUUUGGAUCUCAUCAAAGAAAUCAUGUUCAUUUAGCACAUCCUUCUAUAUCCAGGAGACAUGCAGCUAUUUUUAUCAAUAAUUAAUCGUAAGUGUGCUUAGUUGAUUUGGGUUCGAAGGGAGGUACUUUUCAUAAUGAAUAAUUUGUUGAACCACAUUUACCAGUGGUAUUGGCUAAUGAAGACAAGAUUAAGUUUGCUAAGAGUACUAGAAUAUAUUAAGUGUUAAUAUCUUAUGAUGAUUGCAAGAAGUGGUUGAAGGAAAAAGUUGAGAAGUUGCGAAAUGACUUAAAACAAUUGGAGCGGAUUAAUAAGGGAAAGAUGAGUUAAGAAGAGUUGAAGGCUACGUUAUCAGGGGCCAUUGAAGAUACAAUUCUGAUAAAGAAUUUACCUGAAAAAGCUAGUCAUUUGGAAUUGAUGGAAUUAUUUAGAAAGGAAGGCAAAAUAAAAGAAUUGAAAAUUCCAAUUGAUCGUCAAACAGGUAAUACCAGAAAUGUAGCAUUUGUUAGAUAUGAAAAUGAGAGAGAUGCUAAAAGAUUAAUCAAUGACCGAAACAAGGUAUUUGAGUAUAAAAAUGAAAAACUCAAAUUAAAAUUAGUUGAUUAUGCUUAUGUUGAAAAGUUCUAAGAGGAAUUGAGAUGGGGGAUCACUGAAUAAAUACCAUAACCAACUUAAUAAUAAUAAUAAUAGCCACCCUAAUUAGUGUAACCAACUCUUACAAAACCAGUUGAAAUCAAAUAAAAAGUACCAGAAAGCAGCAGUUCUUCUGAUUCUGAUAGUGAUUCAUCGUCUGAUUCAUCUUCAGAUUCUAGUAGAAGUAGAUCUAAAAGGAAGAAGCACAAAAAGCAUAGACAUAAAAAGGAUAGACAUCACAAGAAACACCAUAAAAGAUGA